AUGCAAUAUCAGAGUGAUGUCACUAGAAAAAACAAAAUGUUUGUCAAAACGACUUCACGCAGUCUAUUGAAGAAAUACAUCGUCAGCGGUGAAGAUAUCCGGGUCACCUAUCUUAUUCCACUGGAUAGCGCUGACGUGACUCUAUACAUUGAUGACGAUCACAAUUUCUGUCCAUAA